CAGACCCUACGUUAACUUCCACACAGCGGCGGCGGCGGCGGCGGUGCGAUUAGCUUCCUCGCCGGCGCGACCGACGCCCACUCCGCCACCAGUCUCUGAGUUCUGGACCGAUGGCGGAGGCGCAGCCGCGCUCGCCGCCGCCAUCGUGGUCGGCCAUCCCGCUGGAUCUGGCAAGCCUGGUGCUCCGCCUCCUCCCAGCGUACGCCGACCGCGCCCGCUUCGCCGCCGUGUGUCCGCAGUGGCGCGACGCCGCGCAGCAGUUCCUCCGCCUGAACCCGCCGCUGCCGCUGCUCGCGCUCCCGAACGGCACCUUCUACAGCCUCCCCUACGCCAAGCGCUUCCGCUUCCCAGGAUUCGGCUUCGCCGGGUACCAAGGCGUCUGCGGCAGCUGGCUCGUCUUCCCGCGCGACGACGAGUGCUUCCUGCAUGACCCGUUCGCCAGGGCCACCGUCAGGCUCCCUCCUCUCUCCCGCGUCCGGCUGCGUCCUCCAAAUGCAGUCCAGAAGUGGACAAAUUGGGAAGACGGGGAGCGCUCUCCGGACCCUUACACCACAUGGAUGCAUAUAGAGGACAUGGAAGGGAAGCUGCGCAUGAGUAAGCUGAUACUGUGCUCGCCCAACCUUGUUGCUGCAUUAGUCGGUGUUGGAAGACCCUGUCACCUUCCAAUAUGCCAUCCAGUAGGCGCGAGUCAGAUUCUAAUGUGCCAGCCGGGGGCCUCCUCGUGGUCAGUGCGCGCGUAUGAUAAGUGUAGGCUUUACGAAGACAUGGCAUUCUACCAGGGCAAGCUCUAUGCCAUUGCCAGUGAUGAGGACCUCUUUGUGGUAAACAUCAGCCAGGACCAAUGCACCGGUGAUCCACAGGUUUCUCGGCUUGGAAGGGUCAUCAAGGGCAAUCCGUGGCACAUAGGUGCAUCCGAAGACAACGAUACGCUGGGCAAGAAGCUCUACCUGGUUGAAUCGCGUGGCAAACUGCUGAUGAUACACAGGAUGGUUGGGUUUACCAACCUUGGAGAUGGACAUUUGACUUUUGGGAAUCAGUUUGAGGUAUUCGAGGCUGACUUUGAGCAUUCACGCUGGGUCGAGGUGACAACUGUGGGGGAUGAUCAGGUGUUGUUUCUUGGGCGAAGGUGCUCCAGGGCUGUGUCUGUGUCUCGGUAUGGGUUGCCGGGCGACUGCAUCUUGUUCUUGGAUGACGAGGAAGUGAAUCGUGCCAAAUACGUCUAUGGUGAGCAGAACACCUUUUGCCGUGCCUAUAACAUGAGAGACAAACGGGUCUUUUCCCCUCAUCCACUCAUCUCCUGGAAGCGCUCUAAUGAGACCUGUCUUGCAGCAUGGCUCUUCCCUCAGGACUGAAUCACUGAACUGAAGAUGUUAUUGUUGUUCCAGCUGCUUCCAAGUUGGUAUGGUAAUCAGUAGUUACCAAGCCGCCAAUUUGCCUUAGUAAUUUAAGUAUGUACUGAAUUUGAUCACCGUAUUUAUCUGAACCUACUAUGGUGGUUACUACAGUGCAAGUUGUUAAGUUAAUUGGUUUUACCGUGCCUAGAAAAGAUCUAAAGUGCAUUACUGCUUA